UUGAAUAAUUCGGAGUCUGAAUUAGUUAGUGGAUUUAUGACAGAACACGCAGCUGUCGUAUUCGUAUUCUUUUUCUUAGCAGAAUAUGGUAGUAUUGUUUUAAUGUGUAUAUUAACAAGUAUAUUGUUUAUAGGGGGAUAUUUAUUUAUAGGUAGUUCUCUGAUAAAUUUAACUUUAUACUUAUCUGGUACUAAUUUUAUAAUUAAUAAUAUAAUAAACAGUCCAAUAUUAGAAGGUUUAUUAUAUGGUUUAAGUUUAGGAAUAAAAAGUUCUAUGAUGGUAUUUGUAUUUAUUUGAGUUAGAGCUUCAUUUCCUAGAAUUAGAUUUGAUCAAUUAAUGGGAUUCUGUUGAACUGUAUUAUUACCUAUUAUAUUUGCAAUAAUAAUAUUAAUCCCAGCUAUUUUAUAUAAUUUUGUAUUAUUUCCUAUCAAUAUUAGUUUACUUUAA